AUGAGUUCGGACUCAGAGGAGGCGAACGACUCAGCACGGGCUUUGGAUGAUGAGUCCGAAAAUUCAGAGUCUGAUGAGUCGCAUGGAUUUCUGGACAUAGAAGCAGCCGAAUCGGGUGAUGAAUCAUCGGAAGACUCAGAAUCUGAUGACGACGUUGAAUACAUCCCACCCACCUUCUAUCAGUUCAAGCGUCUGCCACCAGAGAUGCGCCAACGCGUCUGGGAGAUGUUCUGCCCUGAUCUUCUCGCCAAUCCACGCGUCUAUACAGUGCUCCUUCAGUAUGAAGACUCUACAUAUCUCGCCGAAGGACCAACGCUCUCGCAGCAGACGGCACCUGCAAGGACCGUACUCGCGGUCCAUCGCGAGAGCCGCGCACUGGCCCUCCGCAGAUUGCCCGACUCUUUCAACAUCGAGAGCCAAGACGCUAUCGUGCGGUUCAACAAAGAGUCGGACGUCGUCUACAUGGCCGGCCACAUCCCUAUCUUGACUACGAGGAAGCUGCCCAAGCGGAUACGGGAUUUCUGUGCCAACAUCGCCAAUAUCGCGCUCGAUGGAGUCGCGUUCGGCUUGGGCUCAUUCGACCCACAGAAGCUACAGUCGAUCCUGCAGAGCCUGCCCAGCCUCAAGUCCGUCUUUCUACGCUUCGACGACACCAUGGUUGAGGCUGUACACUCGCACUGGUGCACAUCGGACAUGGUCCAUAACUACUACAUUCAGACAGACGAGGAGGAGCCCGGCCUGGGAGAACUGAGAGAAGACUACGAGACCAUCUUUGCAUGGCCAAACCUAACCAAGAACCGAGAGUGGGCGGAGCAAAACAUUCCCAUCGACCCGACCAAGCGAGGCUAUCUUAGGAGGCUUGCCCAGGUGCCGAGGGGUCUCGAAUCUCUUGCUGCGAUGAUGACCGGGCCACUUGAAGGCCACAACGGAGAGGACGAAGAGGAUGAAUCUGGCGAAGAAGAAGACGGUGAUGGUGGUGUACUCGAAGAAGGAGAUGGAUCAAACGGCGAAAAGGACCAGCUACCGGUCUCUCGAACAUUGCCCUCGGGAGUAGAAGUCUGGCCAAUGAUCCAGUUCGAGUUCGAGACCGGCGUCAACAGGUUUGAGCUCUUGCGCGGCUGGAGCGGGAAACAGGAAGAGUGGAAUAUUGCUCUCGAGGGCGAGCUCGAUUUUGGGUCCGAUAGUGAAGGCGCGGACGUGGAAGACGAAUACGAGAGCGAGGGCAUUGACGACGAUGACAUCGAAGAAGCCGAGAUCUCGGACGACGAAGAUGACUUGCACGUGCAGCCGUUAUCGGAUGCGGAAUCAGUAUCGAGCGAAGCAGCCCCCAGAUCGAUAGAAGCGAUUGAUCUUACUUCGGAUCAUCAUGAGCUGGAGGCCGCCGUGUUCUCGAGUCCGGAGCCCGAAUCGGAAGAUCAAGGCAGCGAUGAGGAGAAGAUAGCGUCCAACCCAUCCCGCCGUGGCAAGAGGCAGGCAAAGCGGCGCGUUAUCGAAUCAGAUUCGGAGGGUGGAAGUCAGGGAGAGGAAGACGCUCCUCGAAAGAACCGACGGGCUCGAAGGGUUCUUCCCGAGUCCGAGGAUGAAGAGGGUGAUAAUGAGGAUGUAGUAGAGACAGCCAAUCCAGCCCGACCUGUCAAGUCAGGUACCAGUCGGGGAAGGAGAGUCUCAGAAGACGAGGAAGGGGACAGCGAGGAAGAGGAAGAGGACGAGGACGAGGAUAGCGAGGAGGAAGACGACGAGGAAGACGAUCCCCCACGACGCAUCUCACUUGCAGAACGGCUCCAGCUGCACCGCCAACAAAACCCCAUCAUGGUUGGUUCGGGUUCGGAGUCUGAAGAAGACAGCGAUGGCGGUGGUGUCAAAUACGUGAAUGGAGACUUUGACGACGACGAGGAUCCGGAGGAGGACGAAGACGAUAAUGACGGGCUCACCAUCCAGGAGGCCGAGGAAUCAGACGAUGAGGACGACGCUUGGUAG